AUGAUGUCAACUAUUAGGAGUAUUAAAACAAUGACAAAUAUGUGCUGUUUUACUUUCAUUAAUAUGCUAAUUUUGUAUAAUAUAGGGUAUUUUAAUAGAUUAAGACAUAAUUGCUAAUAAUUAUAGAAUACUGUUAAAAAUAAAAUUGAAAUUCAUGCAAUCAUAAUGAGUAUUUCAGUUUUACCAUCAAUAAUUGCAGAAUUAUUUAUGAUUUUUUAAGGAAAUACUCCUAAUCUAAAAGGUAAUUAAGAUUUUUAGGGAGUAAAUCAAUAAUUGGAUACAUAUUUUUGGCAUUUAUAAUUUUAUAAACAAUAGGUGGAAUCAUAUUUAAAUUUGGUAUUCAAUCUGUAAGUAUAUAAACUCAUCUAAAAAUAAAAUCUCUUUUACAUAUAAUUUGGGAUACUAUAUAUCUGCUUGGGAAAAUCUAAUUAGGUUUUGGUUAUUAUAUGA